AUGAGCCCCUCAGGUUCACCAGUCUCCUCGCCCUACCCAGUCUCCUCGCCCUACCCAGGCCCUCGCCCUACCCAGGCCCUCGCCCUACCCAGGCCCUCGCCCUACCCAGGCCCUCGCCCUACCCAGUCUCCUCGCCCUACCCAGGCCCUCGCCCUACCCAGGCCCUCGCCCUACCCAGGCCCUCGCCCUACCCAGGCCCUCGCCCUACCCAGGCCCUCGCCCUACCCAGGCCCUCGCCCUACCCAGUCUCCUCGCCCUACCCAGGCCCUCGCCCUACCCAGGCCCUCGCCCUACCCAGGCCCUCGCCCUACCCAGGCCCUCGCCCUACCCAGGCCCUCGCCCUACCCAGGCCCUCGCCCUACCCAGUCUCCUCGCCCUACCCAGGCCCUCGCCCUACCCAGGCCCUCGCCCUACCCAGGCCCUCGCCCUACCCAGGCCCUCGCCCUACCCAGGCCCUCGCCCUACCCAGUCUCCUCGCCCUACCCAGGCCCUCGCCCUACCCAGGCCCUCGCCCUACCCAGGCCCUCGCCCUACCCAGGCCCUCGCCCUACCCAGGCCCUCGCCCUACCCAGGCCCUCGCCCUACCCAGGCCCUCGCCCUACCCAGGCCCUCGCCCUACAACUCUGA